CUAUAAAAACCAGCAGUCAUCGCACGUCGCAGAAAACGAAUAUCAAUUCUCUGCGCACGCGACAUUGAAUUGUGGAUCCCGAUCAAUCCUGAUAAAGGCCCUUCAUUUUAUCAAGACAAUCCAAAUCGAAGCCAUGUACCGAGUAGCGAAGGCAUCGCAGUACCUGGGUAUCACUGGGGUUGGCAUUAAAGACAUAAAGAUCGCAAAGAAUUCAUGGGUUUUCCCGGGGCAAUCAUGCACCAUCCUGGAUGUUUCUCCAGUGAACUACACCUUCGAAGUUCAGGCGAUGAGUGCCGAGAAGCUCCCUUUUCUGCUCCCCGCCGUCUUCACCAUCGGCCCCAAGGCCGACGACCCAGAAUGCCUCCUCAAAUACGCCAGGCUCCUCUCUGCCCACGACCAGCUCUCCAACCAUGUCAAGGAUCUCGUCCAGGGUGUCAUCGAGGGAGAAACCCGCGUUCUCGCCGCUUCCAUGACCAUGGAAGAGAUUUUCAGAGGCACUAAAGAGUUCAAGAAGGAAGUGUUCGAGAAAGUUCAGCUUGAGCUCAACCAGUUCGGUCUCUUGAUUUACAAUGCCAAUGUGAAGCAACUGGUGGACGUGCGUGGCCACGAGUACUUCUCUUAUCUUGGGCAGAAGACGCAGAUGGAAGCUGCCAACCAGGCGAGGGUGGAUGUUGCGGAGGCGAAGAUGAAGGGAGAGAUCGGAGCUAAGCUGAGGGAAGGACAGACGCUCCAGAAUGCGGCCAAGAUUGAUGCGGAGACGAAGGUCAUAUCGACUCGGAGGAAGGGAGAGGGAGAGAAGGAGGAAAUAAAGGUGAAGGCUGAAGUUAAGAUUUUUGAGAACGAAAGGGAGGCCGAGGUAGCUGAGGCCAAUGCGGAGCUUGCCACGAAGAGAGCUUCAUGGUCUAAGGCUGCCCAGGUGGCCGAGGUGGAGGCGACCAAGGCCGUGGCUCUUAGGGAAGCCGAGUUGCAGAAGGAGGUCGAGACCAUGAACGCCUUGACGAGAACUGAGAAGCUUAAAGCCGAGUUCCUCUCCAAAGCAAGCGUUGAGUACGAAACUAAGGUACAAGAAGCGAACUGGGAAUUGUACAAGAAACAAAAAGCCGCAGAAGCUAUCCUCUUCCAGAAAGAGAAAGAAGCAGAAGCACAGAAAGCGUUGGCAGAGGCGGCCCAGUUCGCUCGAAAACAAGAAGCAGAUGCAGAGCUAUACGCCAAGAUAAAGGAGGCAGAGGGAAUUGUUGCCCUCGGGCAAGCCCAAGGGACCUAUCUGCGAACUCUUCUUGAUUCACUGGGAGGCAGUUACGCGGCUCUGAGGGACUACUUGAUGAUAAACGGUGGCAUGUUUCAAGAGAUGGCCAGGAUCAAUGGCGAGGCAGUUCGUGGGCUUCAGCCCAAGAUUAGUGUUUGGACCAAUGGGGCCACAACAGAAGGCGACCACGGCGGCGACGGCGUCACGGCCAUGAAGGAGAUUGCUGCCGUGUACAAGAUGUUGCCUCCUCUAUUUAGCACAGUGCAAGAGCAAACUGGAAUGCAGCCACCAGCCUGGAUGGGCUCAUUGGCCAACAAAGCUUCUUAAGAUGCUUUUGUGUCUUUCUCUUUGUUUUUUGGACAUCGCUUUCAAUUCAUUUUCGUUGUCAAUGGAAUUUGUUUACUCAUCGAAUCAUUUACACCUACGUUACGUACAUUAUUGGAUGUCUUUGAUUUGGUACGGUCUUCAUUCUUUUGUCACUUUUUGCAAUGGACAAUGAAACUUCAGUUUCAGAA